AUGGCAGAAGAAUGUACAUGUCCAGCUUGUGGGCUAAAAGUAAGACUUGUGUACAGCUUUACUGGAUUUAUCAUCGGACUUUCGGUUUUCAUUGUUUUUGGAAUAAAAUACGGAAAUUGGAAUGCUGCUUUGUGGGGACUAAUUUCAGGUUUGGCUGCAUUAGGAACAUUUUUUCUCCAUUUAUGGUAUAUGAAAAAGAAAAGUCAGGAUCGUCUGCCAAAUCUCAAGUUAUUGAUGUUGACUGGUUGCUUUAUACAGUUAGCUGGAGUAGUAGGAUUUGCUGUUUAUUUAGCACUUGCUGUUACACAGAAUCAAGAUCUAGUUAUUCAGGGACAAGGAUAUUACUUAACAACAGUGUGGUGUUUCAUGACUUGGAAAUGGGGAUUUUCCUUUUUUUUCUUUUCAAGGAUGUAUCGAAGACAGACAUUAAAUUCUUAUGAAGAAAUUAAUGAAGUUUAAAAUCUUAUGCACAAAUUGUACUAUUAUAUAUCAUUUGUUAAAGGUAUAUUUUGUUGUUAUGUUAACCGGGACAUUAUUUAUUGACAGUAUAAAAGUCCCAUGUUGUAAGAGCUACAGUAAGUUGUUAGAGCCUUCUUGACUUAAUUUUAUAUUUAUUGUUGUUUGUACAUAUGUGCCAAUUCUAAAUAUAUUUUUUGUUUUUUCUUA